AUGGUUCUCAAGGGACAAACAAAUUUUGUGCAGUCCCGCCUCCUGCACAAAAUUGUGCAGGAGGCGGGACUGCAACACUGUCUUUUCACUUUGAAGGAAAACUACACUUGGCUCCGCUCUCCUCCGGCUGCGAGGGACAAAGGCUCUGACCGAGUCCGACCCACACGCUGCCCUCACCUGGUUCUGAUCCAGUCUCUCGACCUGGUCCCCCUCCUCUCCCCGUACUCUCCUCCUCCUCUCCCUCCUCUCCUCCUCCUCUCCUCCUCCUCUCCUCCUCCUCUCCCCCUCCUCUCCUCCUCCUCCUCCUCUCCCUCCUCUACCCCUCCUCUCCCCCCUCCUCUCCUCCUCCUCUCCCCCUCCUCUCCUCCUCCUCUCCCCCUCCUCUCCUCCUCCUCUCCUCCUCCUCUCCCUCUCCUCUCCCCCUCCUCUCCUCCUCCUCUCCUCCUCCUCUCCUCCUCCUCUCCCCCUCCUCUCCUCCUCCUCUCCUCCUCCUUCUCCUCCUCCUCUCCCCCUCCUCUCCUCCUCCUCCUCCUCUCCCUCCUCUACCCCUCCUCUCCCCCUCCUCUCCUCCUCUCCCCCUCCUCUCCUCCUCCUCUCCUCCUCCUCUCCUCCUCCUCUCCCCCUCCUCUCCUCCUCUCUCUCCCCCUCCUCUUCCCCUCCUCUCCUCCUCCUCUCCUCCUCCUCCUCUCCCCCUCCUCUACCCCUCCUCUUCCCCUUCUCUCCUCCUCCUCUCCCUCCUCUACCCCUCCUCCUCUCCUCCUCCUCUCCCCCUCCUCUACCCCUCCUCUUCCCCUUCUCUCCUCCUCCUCUUCCUCCUCUAACCCUCCUCCUCUCGUCCUCCUCUCCCCCUCCUCUACCCCUCCUCUUCCCCUUCUCUCCUCCUCCUCUCCCUCCUCUACCCCUCCUCUCCUCCUCCUCUCCCCCUCCUCUCCCCCUCCUCUCCCCCUCCUCUUCCCCUUCUCUCCUCCUCCUCUCCCUCCUCUACCCCUCCUCCUCUCCUCCUCCUCUCCCCCUCCUCUACCCCUCCUCUUCCCCUUCUCUCCUCCUCCUCUCCCUCCUCUACCCCUCCUCUCCCCCUCCUCUCCCCCUCCUCUUCCCCUUCUCUCCUCCUCCUCUCCCUCCUCUCCCUCCUCUACCCCUCCUCCUCUCCUCCUCCUCUCCCCUCCUCUACCCCUCCUCUCCCCCUCCUCUCCCCCUCCUCUUCCCCUUCUCUCCUCCUCCUCUCCCUCCUCUCCCUCCUCUACCCCUCCUCCUCUCCUCCUCCUCUCCCCUCCUCUACCCCUCCUCUUCCCCUUCUCUCCUCCUCCUCUCCCUCCUCUACCCCCCCUCCUCUCCCCCUCCUCUCCUCCUCCUCUUCCCCUCCUCUCCUCCUCCUCUCCCCCUCCUCUCCCACUGGCGGUGGUCCAGGAGACAAGUACCAUGAAACCCAAUACUUUGACUUCUGCCAUAAACGAUGUCCUCGGCCUGAAACGUUCGCUGACCCCCCGGGAGCGUGGCGUGGAGCUGGGAGCCGCGGCGGUUUGCUGUGUAGUGAGGCGCUUGAUGGCGGGGCCCCUGUCACACGCAGGAGCCUCCCCUUGGGGCCGGAGCUGUCUCGGCAGUGCUCAGGAUGUUUGUUGUGUUUGUGGAGCUUGUGCAGCCUAA